CAGGAAAACCGCUAUGAGAACAUUCCAGGCAGAGCUGAGCUGAGGCUGAGCGGGACAAUAAGGGGUGGGACAAAACUAUACACUUUGUGAAAAAAAAUGUAAUCUUGCCUUUUGAUCACGUUCAAAGACGUCAACAAAAGUCCUGGUUUCAUGGGACAGACGUUGUUCGAGAACCCUCCGGGUAGAAGGAGUCUGGCACCGGGCCGGUCGUUCGUUUAUCAUCGUAGAUCUAGACUGAGAUGAGAUAAUUUCUUUUGGCAACUGCUCUUGCGAAUAUUUUUCACAAUUUGAACGAUUUUUACCACACCAGCUUUUAAUGGACAACGUUUGACAGAAACGUCCCGGAAGGAUGUGAGCUCGCUAUGGAUCUUCACUUCAGCCUUUCUUGAAGAAAAUUAAAGGUCGCUAAGGAAUGGAGACAUUGGUGUUUUAAACAGGCAGCGGAGAGACACUUGAAGUUGACAUGGGAGACGUGCGGUGUUCACACGCAUCACGUUAAAAGGAGAGCUGAUAACAGAGAUGGGACGCUCUGCUCGCUUCAUGGCGGUAUUAGUUGGACUGUUGCUGUUGGUCUCUGCCUGCCUUGCUGAGUCAGAUGAUGGCGGGAAGCGGCUAUGUACAUGUGAGAAUGACAAAGGCACAUGUGUGAACAACACGUGCCGAGGGGACAUCUGCUUUUACAUGUGGGUGCGAGGCCACGAGGAGAAAGGUUGCUUCUCAAACCAUAACUACAUGGAACAGUGCCACACCUCAUUUGAACGCUUCCAUGUCUACUGCUGCAGAGAGAAUCUAUGCAACGCCUUAGCCACGCCACGUCCAAACAUCAAUGGCGAGACGACGACAGUGCCCCCACAGCAGGCCCACCCAGAGCUCUGGAUCACUGUGGCUCUGCUGCUCUUAUUCAUGGUCGCCGGUGUGUGUGGCCUGCUGUUGUUCCUACGAUUCCGACGUGCACACACUUGCCUCAAAAAUGUUGAUGACCAUAAUGUUACAAUGCUCAAGGUCCCCAACGGUGAUGACCCUACGUAUGGUGGUAUAUUUGAUGAGUUUUGUACAUCAGGGAGUGGAACCGGGCUGCCCUAUCUGGUCCAAAGGACUAUGGCCAGGCAGAUCUCUCUUGUGGAAUGUGUUGGUAAAGGUAGGUAUGGAGAGGUCUGGAGGGGAACUUGGAUGGGUGAGAGUGUAGCCGUCAAGAUCUUUUCCUCAAGAGAUGAGCAGUCCUGGUUCAGAGAGACCGAGAUCUACAAUACUGUGCAGCUUAGGCACGACAACAUAUUGGGCUUCAUAGCCUCUGAUAUGACAUCGAAGAAUUCCAGCACCCAGCUGUGGCUCGUCACACACUUUCACGAGAUGGGUUCACUCUACGACUUCCUACAGUACAGCAGCUUAGAGCCCGAGAGCUGCCUGAAGAUGUGCCUGUCCAUGGCCUGUGGCUUGGUUCACCUCCACACUGAGAUUGUCAGCUCCCAGGGCAAACCUGCCAUUGCUCACCGAGAUUUGAAGAGCAGAAACAUCCUGGUGAAGAGGAAUGGGCAGUGCUGCAUCGCUGACCUUGGUCUGGCUGUGAUUCACUCUCAGUUCAAUGACUUUCUGGAUGUGGGCCACAACCCUCGUGUUGGGACCAAACGCUACAUGGCCCCUGAGGUCCUGGAUGAGAGCAUACGUAUGGAUGUAUUUGAGUCCUACAAGCAAACAGACAUCUGGGCCCUGGGCUUGGUCUUCUGGGAAAUUUCACGCAGAACAAUCAUCAAUGGGAUUGUGGAAGAGUAUCGUCCUCCCUUCUUUGACCUGGUGCCCUCCGAUCCCAGCUAUGAGGAGAUGAAGAAAGUAGUCUGCGUGGAUCAGCAGAGGCCCAGAUUGCACAACCGGCUCCACUCCCACCCAAUCAUGUCGUCCAUAGUGAAGAUCAUGAAGGAGUGCUGGUUCCAGAACCCGCCGGCCCGCCUCACGGCACUGCGGGUGAAGAAGACCCUCUCCAAACAUGACCAUGACAGUGACUUCAGCAUCAACAAACUCAAACAGGACAUCUAGAUCACAACGCCAGCAAUUCGAAGCAGAUUGUAAAAUUAUGCUUUGAAUGGAUUUUUUUGUGCUACAUUCCCGCCAGCACGGUGGUGAAUAUCAUUAGCAUAUUUUCAGUUAACAUCCCUAACACUUACUGCGUCUUCUUAAAACAUUAUCAUUUUCAGCAGUUGUGUCUAGACUGUUUUGCCCACUAGGCUAUUUUACUUUCCCCUGAUCAAAAUCCCCCCAAAUGCUGAGUAGAGACACAAUGAGAAAGACUUUCACUAUGAAUAAUAAUUACUACGCUCAACAUAACACAUUGCCUAUUCUCUAAGCACUUUUAACUUUUGUGAAAUUACUUUCGCCGCACACACACAUUGAGAUAUUUAGCUGUGUAUAUAUCCAACACAUUAUUUUUCUGUCCCAAAACAUACCAUUUCAAUCUGUUUCAAUUUGUGGUUAAUAAGGGACAUGCAAUAUGACAUGUUAAAUAUGUCAUAUUGCAUGAAACUGUAUUUUUGCAGUGUUUGGCAUUUGAACACUGAAUUGUACCAUUGUACCUAAUGCAAUCCUCUUUUUGACCACUGGAGGCCGUUAAGGAUUACACGUUAAGGAUAAAGGAUUCUGAUGACAACACUGGUAGGAUCAGUAUUUCACAAACUACUGAAGUAGGAUGCCAAUAAAUCCUGUUAGUUCAGGAUUGUAUUGAUAAAGUCAUAACUAAAAACUCGAACAAUUCAAUUAAAAAGUCAAUGUUUGAAUUAUGUGGGGGGGUAAAAAGCAAACUGAAAUAACGUAUUAUUUAAAAUUCAAUUCCGAUUGUAAUUAAAAUUACGUGGUAAAAUACA